AAAAUAAAAAUAAAAGUCGUGCCGCGGAGCCGAGGAGGUGACCCGUCCGUCCAGAGUGUCCGCGCAGCGCUUUGGAUGAUUUAGUGAAUGUAAUUUUAAGAUCCUGCCUGAAACUCACAGAAAAAGACGGCCAUGUUCUUCAUUGUGUCUUUGUUUCUUGUACUUUUGCUCUCUCAAGGUGUGUUCUGUAAUGAUGGCUAUUCAAUCAGCCUGCCUCAGGAAGUAAAAGCUCACAGCGGCUCCUGUCUGUUGAUUCCAUGUCAAUUCACGUCUCCUAAUCCAGUGGGGUCUUCACCUGUUGGCAUCUGGAGGUUUCCUUUAUAUCAUGGCACGGAGGUUUCAAGAAAUAACCAAUCACUAAACCUAUGGAGUAACCUCAAUGUUUCCUUGGUUGGUGACUUAAAACAAAAGAACUGCACGACCUUAUUAUACAGAAUCCAACCUGAGCACACAAGAGAGUAUUACUUCAGAGUAGAAGGCACCUUUAAAUAUACCUUUAAAACGCCUGUUAAACUUACAAUUCAGGACUCUCUAGACAAGCCAGUGAUCGACACACCAGCUCAGAUGAUGGAGGACACAGUCGUAACUCUCAACUGCUCUGCUGCCGCUCCUUGUGCUGACGAGAAUCCCUCCAUCCGGUGGGACGACCUUCUGAACGGGAAUGCGACUCAGAGCGAGACCACCAGGGCUGAUGGAAACAAAGACGUGCUGUCCAUCCUGACUUUCAGAGCCUCCUUUCUUCACAACAAGAAGACCCUCACCUGCACAGCUCAGUACACCGUGGGGUCUGUGAACAAAACAGCAAAGGAGACCACAACCCUUAAUGUCCUCUAUGCACCCAAGAAGACCUCAGCUUCAAGUCAAGCUGGUGGAGUUUUAGAAGGUCAGUCUGCGACUCUGAACUGCAGCUCAGAAGCAAACCCACCGGUGGGCCAGUACACCUGGUUCAGAGGGAAUGAAGAGACCCCGAUAGGCACAGGACGAACUCUGACCUUCAGUCAAGUGACGAUCAGUCAGGCCGGAGCGUAUUACUGUCAGGCAAGAAACACACAUGGAGCAGAGACGUCACCGCCUGUGACACUGGACGUGCUGUAUCGUCCAAGAAACACGUCUGCUGUCACAAAUGUUCAUGGAGUGAUACCAGCAGGCACGUCUGUGACACUGAGCUGCACCUCCAAGGCCAACCCACCUGCCAAUUACACCUGGUUUAAGGUAGAUGGACCCUCCGAUUCACCCCGAGGAUUCAGACAGGAGCUGCUCAUCCGUAAAGCUACGCAAACCGACAGCGGGAGUUACGUCUGUCAGGCGGAGAAUCAGUAUGGACGAGAAAACUCGACAGCUUUGACCCUGGAGGUCAUGUCUGAUAAAGAGAACAUCACCGCAAUUGCUGUUUCGAUUUCAUCAGUGGCCCUGAUAGUCAUGAUGGUGUUGUGCCUGCUUGCGUAUCUACAAAAAAAAAGGAACAUGAAAAUGGAGAACGGAAAAGAAACACAGAGCUCUGAGGGGACCAACGUGAAGAAGCCUGAGACGGACACCACGAGUGAAGAUGAUGGCAUGGCUGUCUACUCCAAUAACCUGGUCUUUAACAGAGUUACAAACAAACGUGAUAACCGCAAAGAAGUAAAGGAAGACAAUCAUCUGACUUAUGCUGAGUCUCAAAAGAGGAAAACCCAAACUACGGCCGAUCCAGACGACAUGGCACUAUACUUCAAUAACUGCUCCCUCAGUGACAACAUUGAGGAAAUCCAGGACCAUGAUAAAGGAUUUGUAGAUAAUGUCAUGUAUGACUGUUGUGAAUUUUCAAAGGGAAAAUCCCAAAGCGAGGAUGAAGAACUCCAAUAUGCUUCGGUAAGUUUCCUGAAAUUCAAAAAGCAGGAAGACGGUGAGAUGGCGAAGGACGACUCCCCAGAUGUCACCGCGUAUGAUGUCCUCCCGUGUAAGGAGGCUGAGCACUCGCCCGCUCCGGAGGACACCUGUAUGUACGCAGAGGUUAAAAAGAAAGGGAGCAGCAAUAGGAGCAGUGCGACACACUGAGGUGGAGCACACAAAGGGAAUGGACUUGGGCUUCGCUGUUUCUGCUUAUUCUCACAUUUCUCCUCUGCGGCACAUCUCAGAACCUCAAUUAUGAAAGCAAAGGGGGCGAAACACAACCACAACCAAACUCUAAAUGGCAGCACUGACACAUCUGGAAGAGAGAGCCCAGCUGUUAGACUGGAGGCAUCGUAAACUGUGAGCAAAUCAAGUCCAAGAGCAGCCUUUCAACUGAUACGAUCCCAUCAAGGGUGCUGCUCAAAAGGAACCUGAUCAGGUAACGACAACCGUAAAAUUGAUCAGAUAUUAAUAAUUGUGAAAUACCAGUAGAUAGGCCUCGCACGCUCACAUUAACAUGAAAGUGUACUGUAGGCCACCCAACCGAGUGGACACCAUGAAGGACAAGCUAGGGCAGUUACACAGUUUCCACUCUCUUCAUAUUUCCAGGCUUCGUCCAUCCAGUGGUGUAAUUAGAAUAUGAAAGAAGAGCCCUGGUGUGAAACAAUAAAUUGAGUUCCUCUUGUGUGAAAUGAAAUUCAAACCAGCUAACGGAUGAGCAACAUCAGAGUGAUACGUCAGCAUAUAAGAGCCAUAGAAGUACAGAAGUCAGAAUUUCGCUUAAUGGAUUUGUGGGAAUGAAAACAUCAGGGACCUUUUCACUCCAGCUUUGUUCCUAAUAGACCAUCACCUUAAUGAGGACCUGCCCCAGAAUGCUCUGGACCUCCAACUGGGCCACAGGCACACCUUCCAACAGGACCACGCAAAGUCAACAGACGAGUGGCUUGUGUCAGGGCCCUUGAUAGCAAAACAGAAACAUACCUAGGAGUCAGAAAAAAACGUGGGUCCCUAUGUUCAUGGAGCCCCCAGGCAACUGCCCAGUGUGCCCAUGCGUUAAGACAGCCAUGACUUGGGUGUCUACCCUGUGAAUGUCUGUAAGUGGCACCUCCAGAGCCUGGUAGAACACCUCAGCAGAGCCCUAAAACAACAGAACACCAAAGGUCUCCAUCCAAACUGACUGAGUUUGAGAGACAAAUGGCAGAAAUCCUCCAAAUCCAGGAGUGUCAAGCUUGUUACGUCAGGCCAAAGGAGAUGCCAGGCUGGAAUGGCUGCCACAGCCAAGCGCUGUGUAAACCCUCUGCGUACUCGAAGUGAGAUUUGCAAUAAUUUCUUCAGUUGUGUUUUUGCUUUGUCACUCUGGGGUAUUUAAGUGUUGCUUGAUAAGAUUAAAGAAACUGAAAUGACUUCAGCACAAGGCUGCAACGUAACAACACGUGUAAGAAGUGAAGGGGUCUGAGGACUUUCUGAAGGCGCUGUAUAAUUAACAGACGGGUAAAUACGUCGAAAAGGCACUUGAAACAACUGCAGUGACGUUUGCAACGUAGCGUCGGGGUUUCUCAAAUUCAGACCCGGAGUCUGACCAAGGAUUCAAAUUUUUAGUUCCCACCCAAUUCUGCAAUCAGGCAAAUGGAUGUCUCCUUUACUUGGACAUAUUGUUGUUCCAUUUUUCUUCAUUUUUUCCAUGUCAAUACAGAAAUUCUCUUUCACAGUUUUCAACCUUUUUUUGUGU